AGUCGCAGUCGAGGGCCCGGCGAGCACGUCGAGCGCUGCAGCAAGGCAGUUUUGCGCUCGCAGCCAUGCCGCUCAAAGCCGUCAAGACGGCGAAGUUCGCUGUCUUAGAUGCCGGCGGCCUCAAGCCGGCUAAGCCAGCAGCCGCACCAAGGCAAGCUCCAGCAGCCGCCGCCGCGCCGCCCGCCGGCGUGACAGUCAUAGACGACGACGCGGCGAACGUUGUAUUGGCGAAGCUCAAUGAACUAAAUAUCGCGCACCGGACCUACGCGCACGUCGCCGUGCCGACGGUCGACGAGCAAAGAGCCGCAUUGGGUUCAUUGCCCGGUGUAUUAACGAAGAACCUGUUACUGAAAGACAAGAAGGCGGGCACCUUCCUCGUGACGGUCGCCGCGGACCGGCACGUGGACAUGAAGAAGCUGCCUACCUUAUUAGGUAUCAAGGCCAAUGCGAACCUGCGACUGACCGAUCCCAGUAUUCUGGGCGUGGAGAAAGGAGCUGUCUCUCCCUAUGCCGCUAUAAAUGAUACCAAAGGUGUUGUCACCGUCGCGUUGGACUCGGAGCUCGUGAAUUCCACAGCGAACAUCAACACGCACCCUCUGCGGUCGGAUCGGACCGUCUCCGCCUCCCCACAAGACGUAGUAGCUUUCCUGGAGGCCGUGCAGCACGCGCCGAAGAUCCUGGAUUUCGGCGGCACGAGCUCUGCACCACCGCCGCCGAAAGCAAAGGCCGUCGCGGCGAAGCCCUACAAAAAGCAGGAGAAACCCGUCAAGCCCCAGCAACAAACAAAGUCGAGGAACAAGAAGGGCAGCAAGGAAACCUUGGAUAGGAUAGUGGCCUCCAAAACGGGCGACUUCGCGGCCUGGUACGGCGAAGUAAUUACGAAGUCCGAGAUGAUCGAGUACGGGAAAAUCUCGGGCUGCUACAUCUUGAGACCCUGGUCCUUUGGGGUGUGGGAGCAGAUCCAGAAGGCGCUGGACGGGUGGAUCAAGGAGGAGCCCCUCGAGGUGCAGAACUGCUACUUUCCGCUCUUCGUGACCAAGGGAGCACUCGAGGCCGAGGAGGACCACGUCGAGGGCUUCGCGCCGGAGGUCGCCUGGGUGACGAAGAGCGGUGAGACCGAUCUAGCCGAACCGAUCGCCAUAAGACCGACCAGUGAAACGAUCAUGUACCCGGAGUUCGCCAAGUGGUUACGAUCGCACCGCGACCUGCCUCUCAAGCUCAACCAGUGGUGUUCGGUGGUAAGGUGGGAGUUCAAGUACCCCACUCCGUUCCUUAGAUCGAGAGAGUUCCUGUGGCAGGAGGGCCACACGGCGCACUACACGCUCGAGGAAGCCGACGAGAUGGUCUACGCUAUCCUAGAGUUGUAUCGGAGGGUCUACGAGGAGAUUCUGGCCGUGCCCGUGAUCCCAGGAACGAAGACCGAGGCCGAGAAGUUCGCUGGUGGUCUGAGGACGACGACGGUGGAAGCUUAUAUUGCUGGGUCGGGUAGAGCCAUCCAAGGUGCUACCAGUCACAACCUAGGCCAGAACUUCGGCAAGAUCUACAAUAUCGCCGUCGAAGGCGAAGGCGGCAAAAAGACGAUCCCCUGGCAGACGUCCUGGGGGCUCACGACGCGGUCGAUCGGUGUGAUGGUCAUGGUCCAUUCGGAUGACCAGGGGUUAGUACUACCCCCAAAAGUGGCUCCGGUGCAAGUCGUGGUCGUCCCGAUCGUCUCGAAGACGUGUCCUCUGUCGCAGUUGCAAUCAUUUAUCGAUCAAGUCAAAAAGGAGCUCAAAAAUGCUUCCAUAAGAUGUAAAGUGGAUGACAGAGGAAACCAGUCGCCGGGCUGGAAGUACAACCACUGGGAGCAGAAGGGCGUGCCGCUGCGAUUGGAGGUCGGGCCGCGAGAUGCCGCGGCAAACACGGUCAUGGUCGUGCGAAGGGUCGACGGUGUGAAAGCCUCAAAGCCCGUCAAUGGUCUGGGUAGCGCUAUUCGGGCCGAGUUGGAUGAUAUCCACCAGGUCAUGUUCGCCAAGGCAUCUGCAGCAAGGGAUUCGAAGGUCGUGCAGGUCACGUCCUGGAGCGACUUCGUCCCUGCGUUAAAUGACGACUGUUUAGUAUUAACGCCGUGGUGCUCGCCUAAGAAUCAGGAGGCGGAGGACCAGGUCAAGGAGCGGUCGCGGGAAGAGUCGCUGGCUCUGUUGGGCCUCGAGGCGGAGGAUGAACGGACGGCGACCUCAUUGGCCGCGAAAACUUUAUGCGUGCCGCACGAUCAACCUCCGCUCCCGGCGGGUACCAAGUGCUUCUUUACCGGUGAAGAAGCGACGUGCUGGUGCCUCUGGGGGCGUUCUUACUAAGAGAGUGGUUAGUCUUU